CUCCCUGUUUUUCAAGAAAGGACGAGAAGUUACUGGGAUAUAGUUGUGAUCGCCAAAAGAAGUUGCUACCUAACAUUUCUCCAUCUCUCCUGAUGCCACCAUGUCUGCCCUGCCAGCCGGGCCCGGUAAGGGGGAUUGUGAAAAGGGAGAGAGGAAGAAAAGCAGCGGUGGUCGUAGCGGGUACGACACGUACGUGCUGCCGUGCGUGGCCGAGUUUUUCGGGACUGGCCUCUUCGUAUUCACCGGCUGCGCUUCGCUGAUCGAAAACUCUCCGGGAACUGGCAGGCUUCAACCGGCCGUCGCGCAUGGAUUUGCGCUUGCUAUUUCUGUGGCCAUUACGGCAGGAGUGAGUGGUGGACACAUGAACCCUGCGGUGUCGCUGGGAGCAGCCUUGUGUGGAGGUCUGAAUGUCUUCCUGCUUAUUCCCUUUUGGGCGGCGCAGUUCUGCGGAGGGCUGGUCGGGGCUGGCUUAGCACGGGCGGUGUCAUCGGACGCACGCUUCAUCAACGCGUCGGGCGGAGCCUUCACCUCCAUCAAGACCGACGAGCAGGUGGCCGGCGCCCUGGUGGCCGAGAUCGUCAUGACGUUCUACCUGGUGCUCACCGUGUGCAUGAGCGCCAUCAACAAGCAGAGCAAGACGCCCCUCGCCCCCUUCUGCAUCGGGCUCACGCUCACCGUCGCCAUUCUGGGAGGGGGUGGGGUGUCGGGUGCCUGUCUGAACCCAGCCAGAGCCUUGGGCCCGGCGGUGGUGGCUAACUACUGGCCCUAUCACUGGGUGUACUGGGUUGGGCCUCUCAUUGCUGCAGUGAUCGUAGGAGUGGUCCUCAGGCUUCUUCUCGGUGACCCAGGGAUACGACUUGUCAUGAAGACGGAAACUUUUGCAUGAAAUCUUCAACUUUUCAACUUCUUUUUUUUCAUUCCCACUGCCACAUACACACACACAAACACACACGCACAUGCACACGCGCACACACACACACAAGCCAAGUCACACCACCGAGAUGUGAGGGAGACAUCACAUGUGCACUGCUGAGAUGUUUUAUCUGCCAGCAAGCAUGACUGUGUGAGCUGUGGCAGACCCAGGCAGUU